AUGAGUGAACAGAGCCAAUUAGAUGAUUCUACCAUAGACAAACUGAUUCCACAAAUUUUCAACGAGAUGAGAUCUAACCUCAAUAACACAACCAAGAAAUUUCCGAAAAGUACGGGAAAUGAGGCAAGCGAUAAUACUUCGGCCAGCAGCAACUCUAUAAGACCAUCUAACUCAAUCACGACGCAAUCUUUACUCAAAGAAUCGGAAUCGCUAGAUAAAAUAACAGCAAUGAUAAAAAAUGUUACGGCCGCAUUAAGAAAUAACUUACCGGUAUACGUUAAUCAAGUGCAUGAGGUAUGUAAAUCUACGAAUUCCAUAUUGGAUUCUUGGAUCAAUAUUCAUUCUCAAGCUGGUUACAUUCAUAAAUUAAUGAGCGAUCAAAAUUACUUAAAGCUAAUUAAUGACAGACUACACAAUGAAAAUGCAAACACAAAUGAUGAAGAUGGGAGUACUUUACACAACGUGAUCGAAUUGAAAAAGAGGGAGGUCUUGGAUCUGAGACAAAAACUAGAAAACAGGAAGGGAGAAAGGGACGAUGUACCAGCAAAGGCACCGAAUCAAGGCUUAAAUCCAAGGUAUGGCGUGCAAUCUGGUAGAAGGCCCGUUUCUUCUGCUGGAAAUGGAAACAACGGUAGAGUGAGAAAGAUACAUGUUCCUGCCUCAAAGAGGCCCAGUGGUAUACCAAGAGUUACUAACAGGUGGACUAAGCCCACGGCUAGCAGCUCGAGGAAGAUGUUUCGCUAA